AUGUUAUUAUUAAGUUUAUAAUUUCUAAUCUAGAUUUGCUAUUGUUUUAAUGAGGAAGAAUAAGUAAAAUGUAGAAAUCAAUAAAUAAGAGUACCUUAACAAAUCCAAUACGAGAGUAUCAUUUAAUAGAAUGUGAAGUAGAUGAUUAAUGCAAUCAAUGCAAUUAUAUAUAGAUGAAUGAGAUUAAAUAAUGUUAAGUGACUAGACAAAUAUAAAAGAUGAUUUGUUAUUAUUAAUUAGGUGAUGAUGAAUAAAUAAGAUAUCCAUAAGUAGAUUAUAAAGCUUGCAAUUUACAUAAAAUAGGAAUAUUUUCUAGUGAAUUUUUUGUUGUUGUCAUAAUAUUUGGAAUAACUCUAUUUUCUUGGUAUAUUGUAAGUAAGGAGAAAGAUGAAAGUGAGAAAUAGUUACUCUAUAAGAUUUUAAAGAGCUGA